AUGGGGCCAAACGGAGCAGAGCAGGUAACCACUUGUGGUGAGGGCAUUUUCGUUUCUCAACCUAAUUUAGGUGAUUGUGGGAAUGCAACGGUAUCCAACCCCAACGAUAAAGUUAUCCGCUUGCCACCAGCUGUUGAGGUUAAUGAAAAAAAUGGAAAAACGCCCACCGUGGGGCUCGAACCCACGACCACAAGGUUAAGAGCCUUGCGCUCUACCAACUGA